AUGAAUGAGCAGCCUGUGUCCCAAAAAAGGUUGCUGUGCAUCUUCUCCAUGAUUGUCAACAGCCUUACCUUCUUAUUUGGGGUCAUCGGAAACGGGCUGGUCAUUUUCAUCACCGGCUUCCGUAUGAAGAAGACGGUCAACACCAUCUGGUUCCUCAACUUAGCGGUCGCUGAUUUCACCUUCACCUUCUUCCUGCCACUGAACAUUGUCCACCUCGCCCUGAACUUCCAUUGGCCCUUUGGGGAGGCCAUGUGCAAGUUCUGCAGCACCAUGGUCUUAGUCAAUCUCCACGCAAGCGUUUACUUCCUCAUGAUCAUUAGUGUAGAUUGUUGCAUUUCUGUGAGAUGCCCUGUGUGGUCUCGGAAUCACCGGACCCUCCGCCUGGCUUCCUUUGUGGCUUUGGGUGUUUGGAUUCUGGCCCUGGCAUUGAGUUCUCCAAACCUCCAAUUCAGGAAGACCAUGCGUACAGGGGAUGUCGUCUGGUGCUAUAGGGAAUUCAGCAGUGACAUGGAACAAGCCAAAAUCCUGCACCGCGCCAUGGUGAUCAGCCAGUUCAUCUUAACCUUUGCUGCCCCCUUCAGUGUUAUCACUGUAUGCUAUGGGGUGAUUGUUCUGCAGCUCAGGAGGGACCGCUUAACCCCAUCCAGCAAGCCCUUCAAGGUCAUCACCGCAGUGAUUGUGGCCUUUUUCAUCUGCUGGUUCCCAUAUCAUGUUUUCUCUUUCCUUAAAGUUCAAGCCCACGAGGACCCAUCACUGUAUCCAAUACUCACUGCUGGUGCUCUUUUGUCAUCCGGCCUGGCCUUCGUCAACAGCUGCCUCAACCCCAUCCUGUAUAUCUUCAUGGGGCGUGGUAUCAGGCAAAGGCUGAAAUGCUCCAUCCUAUCGAUAUUCGAGAAUGCCUUCUCUGAGGUCAGCCAGAGCACAAAACAGGAAAAGAUUAUUGAUGUGGGUCAUCACGAGAUGAAUAUUUCCAGAUUAGAGACUUUCCCACCGACUCCAUAG